GUACAGUACAAGGAUUUGAUAAAUACUUGUACUGUACUUCAUACAUUUUGUCACCAAGGUUUUCUUUUUGCAGCAGGCAUGAAAGAAAGUUCUUUCUCAUUUUGAACAGCAUGGCAAGUUGUCUUUUCAGAAAAUUUGAUACUGUGCAUACGGUACAGUGAGUACUCUCUGACAUUAAUGCAUUUCUCAAGUAAAAUACUUAAAAAUGUACUUCGUAAGAUUACUCCUAUGAUCAACUUCCCUUCCCAACCACAUUAGGUGUCAGUGCUUUCACAUCAUUCAUUCUGUCUGUAAUUACUGAGUAAUGUCACAAUUGUUUUUUAUAUAUUCUCACAAGUGUGUUUCUUUGUACAUUGUACAUAUAUUGUUAAUUUAUAUUAAUUUCCCUUGUAAAUAUCUCCUCCCUCCCUUACUUUGUUAUACUCUUGACAUUUUGCACCGUGUGUCAGAGAGGACUGCAAUUAUAUUGUGCUAAAUGAACUGUUUGUAUGGCAUAUUUGAUGAUAAAGUCUUUAGCUUUGAACUGCUGUCGACAUGCCGUAACUGGAAUGACAGUCCCUCAAGUGGGCGUGACCAGUUAGGUAAGUCCUGUCCAAACCUGCUCUCCUUGUCUGCUGUCUGCUACUAUAAACCAGCAACACGUCCCUAUAUGAGGACAUUCUCUGUCUGUUUUCACUCACUUACAAACGUAAGUUUUAUUUUUUCACACAGCCAAUAUGCCGGUGAUAGUGUUUUGGACCAGUGUCAGCUCUAAUACGACGAUAAAGAAAGGCCAGCAUAGAAUCUUCGACAUCCUGUCCUCUUUAAAAAUCCCUCACAAAGCUGUGGACAUUUCUCAGAAUUCAGACGACAAAGACCAAAUGAGAGAGAUUGCAGGAAACCCAACUGCAUUGGCUCCUCAAAUAUGCAACGGAGAAGUUUACUGUGGAGAUCUCAAAGCAUUUGAGGAGGCAGUUGAGAUGGAUAAUUUGCAAGAUUUCCUCCGACUUUAAUUGGUGUUACACUCGACCACAAAGACACAACACACAUAUUAAACAAAAGUACAUGGACUUUAAACAAUGAAGUUAUAUUAAUGUAAGUGUUUUUGAUGUGUGGUUAAUUAAAGGCAUAAUAAAGAAAAUGGCAUAAUAAAGAAAAUAUCCUGUUUGUGUC